AGAAUUUCUAUCAAAUUUCAAAGUGUUCGAUGGAGUUUUGAUAUUUGAUGAAAUGCCUGAAAGAGAAAGAAAGUACGAUACUUAGGAUAUUGGCAGUGAAACGUUGAGUGAAUUAAGUUGGUAAAUUUUGGUACCAUUCUUACAAAAUUUCCAUUUUGAGCUGAAAGAAGGAAUCUUUACUAGUUAUGGAGCUGCUCAGAGCCACAUGCCUGAAGAAAAGUGACUGAGUAUCUUGUUUCCCACAGAUUGAAGGGUUGAGCAGGCUCAAUUUCGGUGUCUCAUUUUCUAAGUGGGCUCAGGGAUUUUUGGGUGAUUAAGUAAAUGAAGAAGAAGCUUUUUGACACCAGAGAACAAGAAGAAGAAAAGAACAUAAUUGAUAUUUAGAGGUGAAGAUUGGAAAUGAGUUCUGAGAUUUUGCAAGCUGCUAAGGUGUAUCGCCACCUUCUCAAAGCUGUUGGGAAACAUAUUGGCAAGGAAGACUACAAGAAGCAUUUCAGGGAAUAUAUAACACAAGAGUUCCGGAAGAACAGCAACUUGUCUGAUCCUUCAUCUAUACAACAAAAGAUCAGACUUGCCCAUGAUUAUACUUUUCUUCUUAACAGUGUGCACCAUCAAAAGGACUUGCUGUUCUCGUACAACAUUGCCGUGGAUAGAUCAGAUGAAAUGAAAAGAGUACUCGGGAAAUCUGCUGCUAGUGUGGGCCUUCGUCUUCCUGAGCCUUAUCAGCCUUGAUGGUCAGUAGGUGUCAAGCGUGUUAACAUAUUCACUUUGUGGUCAAUUUUGCUUCCUGCGUAGCCCAUAAUACAGUAUUGGAAAUCUGAUUGGAGCCAAUUCUUAUUUGGUUUUUAGGUUUAGUUUCUUUGCUAUCAAACAAACGGAACCAGUGAUUUUGUUGAUCCAUUCCAAAGAAUGUUUACUGCUGUUGCUUGAACCAGUUGCUGGCUGUAAUAUUUGCCGCACUAAUAAAAUCAUAGUUGCUUGAA